GACCCGGGGAUGCUGCGGGUCCCGGACCCGGGGAUGCUCCGGGAUGCUCCCCCGGUCCCCCGCGUGUUCUGCACCGUGAGCUGCCCUGCCCGCAGAGAAACGGGGCCUUGGGGGGUGACACAGAAGGGCUGGAGCCCCGAUGGUCAGAGGACAUGCACAGGCCUUCAGCAGGAGAGUGGUGUGCGGGGGAAAUCGAGCCCUACCACGGAACAAAACACAGCAUUGAUUUCCCCAGCAGUCAUUGCACAGGCUGCUGAGGGUAAAUCCAGAGGGAGCCAGCCCUCUCUGCCCAUGCAGGCUCUGGUCCCCCAGCCCAGAGCGUGUCCCAGCCACGGCUCAGCCAUCGCCAGCAGAAGGUUUUUGGUGCCUCCCAGCCGGGUGGAGAUCCAGGCAUCCUCAGCAGAGACCAUGGCGCCAUCAGACUGUCCCGGUGCACAGCAGAGUCCGAGCCAGCAGAGAGGCUUUGCCUCCAUCACUGUCACCGCCAGGCGUGUCCCUGUGGGCUCUGCAGAGCUGGCACCGGUGUCCCCCACCUCCAGCAAUGUCCCCGCUGGCCUCCAGCGCUGGCCUCCCCCAGCAGACCAACCUCCUCCAAAGCUCUCCAAGUCUUGCUCAAAAUCAGGUGAACAACCCCCAGAGCAGCUUUCCGUGCCUGGAAUCAAGGAGGAUGGUGUGAGUCUUCAAAGCAGUGAUGGGAGGGAGGAAAUGCCCCCUUCAUUCAUCUCCAGCGUCCAGCUCCAGGUGUCUCAGCCGUGUCCAAACUCCAUCUAUUACUUAGACAAAUCACUCAGCGUGUGCAUUGACCAGCCUCGCGUUAAAUGCCAAAAAAUGUACAGAUCCACGUUGUCCUUGAGGCUGAAGUGCAGUUUGUCGGGAUUAACAGCAGAUGGAGUAGAUGGCAUAGCUAAUGGAGAGCCCAUGGAGGACAGAGCUCCAGGGGAGAUCCCAGGAGCAAACGGGGCUCCCCUCGCAGCACACCUGAGCACAGGCUGCACGGGAAACAAGGGGAUUGGGAAGGGCAGAGGAAAAGGAGGACAUUGGAGCAGCAAAUACCCUCUGCAAAGCGUCUUUGCCCCGGGACUUGCAGCUUUUGUGGCUGUUCCCAGAGGACCUCACCAGGCAGCAGCAGCACAGGAAGAGGAUGAGCAGCCUGGCGGCCACCACGCUGUGUUCUCCCUCCAAAUUCCUCACGCAAGCAAUGAGACAGGAACACCAAUGCUGUUGGGAAGCAGGAAAAAGAGCAGCACAACAGCCCCUGGCUCCCCUCCAGAUCCAGCCUCCAGAGAAACCAUUGCUGCUGCUACUGAUGGCUCAUCCAGCAGGGCAGAUCCCUCCAAAGACACCUCCAAAUCCAAAGAGAUCCAAGCACAGGGUGUCCUGAAACCAAAAAUGUCUGUCUCCAGCAGUGUGUGCAACACAAAGGCAUCAUCGAGAAUCCUCCGGGAAGAAAAUGUUCACGGGCAAGAGCAGCUCCUAAAAAGCGAUUGUGGAUUCCCUGGUUGGAGGGACAGAAGGAAGGAGCUGGAGGCACAGGAGGAGAGGGAGCGAGGCAGGAGGGUGGCACUGUCCAGGGUGGCACUGUCCAGGGUGACACUGCCCAGGGGGACACUGCCCAGGGGGACACUGCCCAGGCCCUGCUCUCCAGCUGUGACCUGGGAGAAAAACCUGCUCACCUGGCCACAAUUCAGCUCCCAGCCGGGGAAAACUCCAGCAGCCCCACGGACACUGCGGGAAGCCCUGGAGAUCCACAACCCCCAGUUCAUCUCCCGCUCGCAGAAGAGGCAGAAGAGGCUGCAGCUGAUGGUGCAGCUCAGGAGGGCUCAGCAGAGGGAGGCUCCUGCAGGCGCCCCCCGAGCGCUGCCCCGCAAGCUCUCCACGUCCUCUGCCCGCAGGAAGAAGCAAUUCACCAUCCCUGACCCUCUCAGUGACAACCUCUUCAAACCAAAGGAAAGAGUCAUUCCCGAGAAGGAGAUGCACAUGAGAUCUAAAAGGAUUUAUGACAAUUUACCUGAGGUAAAAAAGAAACAAGAAGAGAAACAGAAGCGGAUCAUCAUCCAGAGUAACAGGCUGCGUGUGGAGAUGUUUAAAAAGCAAUUACUGGACCAGCUCCUUCACAGAAACACAGAGUGACAAAAGAGCCUCUUGCCCAUCAUCCUAAUUGGAUCUUGAGUGCCUUUGACUGCUGGAUAAGCCAUAAAAUUAACUGUUAUCUCAAUUACCUGGAGGUAUUUUUCUUAUCUUUGGCUCUUUGUAUGAAGAAAGAUCAUUUAUGUUUCAAUCGAAAUUUUAAGGCAACUUUCAAGUAAUCAAAAACAGCCUAAAAGGGAGCACAGCUGUUCCAGAGCAUCACCUUUUGGUCAGUUUACCCACAGGAAAUAAUUUUAAGAAUUUUUAAUGCAAAUACUGAAUUACAGGGGUAUUAUUUUUCUUAAUCUUUUUUUUAAAAGUACACUUCUCUGUAGCAAUAGCCCAGUGUUUAUAAGAUGUGGAAAACUUAUUUCUCUGAAGUAUUUUAUUAAUUGAUUUCCUGUGAGUUAAAUCCUUGAAGAAAACUGUUAUUUGUUAUGUUUAGGAACCAGUUGAAAUAGCAUUACCACAUCAUCAGAGCAACAGCAGUUUCACAUUAAUGCUUAACAUUCCAAAAGGGACCAAUAUUUCAGCUUUCUGAAGAACUCCAUUCCUGUUCAUGGAGUGAAACUACCUAGCAAGCUCUCCCACUAAAAUACAGUAUUUAAGUAUUUGUUUAUAACACUUUUUCACGUUUUUCAUUGUAACAUUCAUUCUACUCCACUUCUGUGAGCACAAAGUGUUUCUAGAAAUGGCAGAUGAAGGAGUGGUGCCAAGAAGGAUGUUUGCAUCAAAACUUGCAGAACUCAAACCAGCUGUCAUGUUUCCUCCAAAAAAAUAUUUAAAUCUUUAUUUGUACAUGUUGGAAGUAAAAACAAGCAGCUCACAAAGCAAUGGAGUUUAUUUAUGGAAUAAAGUAUGAGGAUAAUAUUGA